AUGUUAUUUUUUCUGGUCUUCACCCUUCUGUCAUCGGUGAGCGCUGCUGUUAACGUUUCUCAGUUGGCAAAUUUAACUUUCCCAGGAACUGCCUCUUGCAAUGAGGAUGGAAUGAUAGUGAAGUUUCCCAAAGGCCUCAACACGAAGAAAUGGGAUGCAUCUGUAGUAGAUUCCCUUGGUCUUCAAAUACCAAACUGCACUGAUGUUAUGAAAGCAGAAAAUCUCACCUUGAGGGUCCCGUAUGACAACUGUACCAGGAAAGUGAUAGAUUCUCUGCGGGGAUGGAUUCUUAAGGUUGGUGAUCCAGUCCGAAUUCUGACUCUUGUCGAAGCCUUACAACAAGGAUAUACUAUCCUGGUUGAUAAAGGCAAGCUCAUCCUGCAAGCAUCAUUCAACGCCACUGGAGUGACUCACUAUAAGCAAGGUAACAGUCAACUCUAUAUGGUGCCUCUGACGCUCUUGCAUGAAUCUCCUGGGCAGACAAUCACCCUUUCAUCACGAAUGAUUUGUGUGACAGGUCUCGUGACUUGUAAUGACACUCAUGUGGCUCUCACCAUACCAGAGUUCCCUGGGAAGUUAAGAGCUGUCAGCACUGAGGAAAAGAGCUUUGAAGUGAGCCAAUUGCAUGACAGUGGGACGGCUAGAAAUUCAACUCACGGCUUGAGGCUGCAUUUCAGAAAAAGUUCCCUCAAAACAAAAAUCUCUGCAAGAUGUCUAUCCUAUCAGUUCUUCUCUUCACUCAAGCUGACCUUUGACUUUCUUCAGGAAACUCCAUCCAUGGUAAUUCAUCCCGAGUGUCGCUGUGAUUCACCAUUUUCUGUAGUUGCAGAUGAGCUGUGUACCCAGGAUGGAUUCAUGGAGUUCGAGGUCUACAGCCACCAAACGAAACCAUCUCUUGACUUGGACACCCUCAGGGUGAGAGACUCAUCGUGCCAGCUUCUCUUCAAGGCCCAGACCCCAGGGCUGGUACGACUCAGCAUACCUCUGAAUGGUUGUGGAACAAGACACACGUUUAAAGGAAACAAAGUCAUCUAUGAAAACGAGAUACACGCUCUCUGGGCUGAUCUUCCGAGCAGAAUUUCCAGAGACAGCGAGUUCAGGAUGACCGUAAGGUGCUACUACAGAGGCAAUAACAUGCUGAUACAGAGCAACAUUGGAAGUCUCCCUCCUCCAGUGGUUUCUGUGAAGCCGGGCCCACUUACUCUGAGCCUCCGAACCUACCCAGAUAAUUCUUACCAACAACCUUAUGGGGAUCAUGAGUAUCCUUUGGUGAGAUACCUCCGCCAACCAAUCUACAUGGAAGUGCAAGUCCUAAACAGAGCUGACCCCAACAUCAAGCUGGCCAUGGAUGACUGUUGGGCCACGACUACCAUGGACCCGGCCUCUUUGCCACAGUGGAAUAUUGUUGUGGAUGGUUGUGAAUACAGCCUGGACAACUACCAAACGACUUUCCAUGAGGUUGGCUCCUCUGUGACUCAUCCUGAUCACUACCAGCGGUUUGAAGUGAAGACCUUUGCCUUUGUCUCUGGGAACCAAGCACUCUCGAGCCUGGUCUACUUCCACUGCAGCGCCUUAAUCUGCAACAAACGUUCUCCCGAUUCCCCUCUGUGCUCUGUGACUUGCCCCGGAUCAUCAAGGAGCAGGCGAACUGCAGGGACCACUGAAGAAGAAAUAGUAAGUCUUCCAGGACCCAUCCUCGUGUUGCCAGACAGUCACUCGCUGAGAGAUCUUGAGGCGGCUAAAGGACACGAGACCACUGGAGACAUCACUUUGAAAACUGCGGUUGGCCUGACUGCCUUAGCAGGUGUUGUGACAAUUGUAGGUCUUGUUAAUUAUGUAUGCAAGAAAAGAACAAGACACUGUUAA